CGGGGCGGGCGUGCGUGCGGCCGGCCGGCGAGCAGCCGGGAGGCCUCGACUCUGAGCUAGCCCAGCCAGGUAGCGCGGGAGACGAGGGGAUCCGGAGUUGAGCCGGGUCGGGUGGUGACUCCGGAGGGCGCAGGAUCCCAAGGAGACAGAAAGGACAAGAGCUGGAGAGAGAUCCCGGGAGCGGCGGGGGCGAUAGGGGAGGAAUGGGGUAGGAAAGAGGGCGCAUACCUAGAAGAGGCAGUCGGGACGUGAAGCUGGAGCUUGGAGGGGAUCUGGGACAGAAAUGGGUAGGGCGGCAGAACAGUGGGGGGUUGUGCGAGGUCUCGCUAGUUGGUAAGAUCGGGAGGUGUUAAGUUCUGAGGUGGGUCGAGAAAGGAAGGCUGGGGGACCAGAGGGAUGUUAGGAGGAGGCCCAGGUGUGGAGGAGAGCUGUGUGGGGAUCCAGGGCCGCCUGGCUGGAGGGCUCACUAGGCAAUGGGCAGUGGGCUGAAGGGUGAGGCUGGUGUAAAGAAGUGAGUCAGGAUCCAGGUGGAGGUGAAGACGGAUCUGGAAGGACAGGCCAUCUCAGGUGUGAAGAUAGCCCAGGCUGAGGGUAGCCCAAGGUGAGAGGGUGCCUGGGAGACCCUAGGCCAGGUCAGGGCUGUGCCCCCCCAUGGGGGAAACCCCUCCCUGGGGUCACCGGAGCCAUGCUGUCCCGCAAGGGCAUCAUCCCUGAGGAGUAUGUGCUGACACGGCUAGCAGAGGACCCUGCAGAACCUAGGUACCGAGCUCGAGAGCGGAAGGCCCGCUUUGUGUCCAAGAAAGGCAACUGUAAUGUGGCCCACAAGAACAUCCGGGAGCAGGGCCGCUUCCUGCAGGACGUAUUCACCACGCUCGUGGACCUCAAGUGGCCACACACACUGCUCAUCUUCACCAUGUCCUUCCUGUGCAGCUGGCUGCUCUUCGCUAUGGUCUGGUGGCUCAUUGCGUUUGCCCACGGUGACCUGGCUUCUGGUGAGGGCACAAUAGUGCCCUGUGUCACCAGUAUCCACUCCUUUUCAUCCGCGUUCCUUUUCUCCAUCGAGGUCCAGGUAACUAUUGGUUUUGGUGGGCGCAUGGUGACAGAGGAAUGUCCACUGGCCAUCCUGAUCCUCAUUGUGCAGAACAUCGUGGGGCUCAUGAUCAACGCCAUCAUGCUGGGCUGCAUCUUCAUGAAGACUGCGCAGGCGCACCGGCGAGCAGAGACUCUUAUCUUCAGCAAGCACGCUGUUAUUGCUGUUCGCCAUGGCCGCCUUUGUUUCAUGCUCCGCGUGGGUGACCUCCGCAAAAGCAUGAUCAUCAGUGCCACCAUCCACAUGCAGGUGGUGCGUAAGACCACCAGCCCUGAGGGUGAAGUGGUGCCUCUUCACCAGGUGGACAUUCCCAUGGAGAAUGGCGUGGGUGGCAACAGCAUCUUCCUGGUGGCGCCGCUCAUAAUCUACCAUGUCAUUGAUUCCAAUAGUCCACUCUACGAUCUGGCACCCAGUGACCUGCACCACCACCAGGACCUGGAGAUCAUUGUCAUCCUUGAAGGUGUGGUAGAAACCACGGGCAUCACCACCCAAGCCCGCACCUCCUACCUAGCUGAUGAGAUCCUGUGGGGCCAGCGCUUUGUCCCUAUUGUGGCUGAGGAGGACGGCCGCUACUCCGUGGAUUACUCCAAGUUUGGCAACACCAUUAAAGUGCCGACGCCACUCUGCACAGCCCGCCAGCUUGAUGAGGACCGCAGCCUGCUGGAUGCCCUGACCCUCGCCUCUACCCGUGGGCCCCUGCGCAAACGCAGUGUGGCCAUGGCCAAGGCCAAACCAAGGUUUAGCAUCUCUCCAGAUGCCCUGACUUAAGUCAUGGUCCCUGGGUCCCCACAUGUGCAUGUGCACACAGGCAGUUUGGUAUGGUAGGUACAGUGGAUGUGGUGUGGGCCCCUUGGCAAAGUGAAGGCCUGGACCCUCCUCAGCUCAGCCUUCCCUGCUUUGUGCCCAGGGUGUUGCAAGGCACUUGUCACUGCUAUUUCUGGCCUCAGCAGGAGCCCGUACUGGGUUAUUUUUGUCCCUGUUCCUCCAGCCCAGCUCAGGACUGGCUUAUCCCUCUCUCUCUGCCCAAGGGAAGACUGUGGGUGUACUAGGCCCUAAAGCUGGGUCUCCAGCCAGUCCUGGCCCCCAUGAUCAACCUAAUACCAGCAGGCAGGUGGCUGGGGAAAUCAAUCCCCAGAUUGGCAGCCUGCCUUCUGGUUUCUGUGGUCCCCAAAAAAUCCCUGUGACCAGGCCUCAGCUCUACUUUGUCCCUGAAAAAGUGAUGGGCUAAGGGGUGGGUUCCACCUGCAAAGGAGGGCAGGUAGUGAGAGCACAUUGCAGCUCCACGGCUGGAGCUGUGGAACCUACACAGGUGGGGGUAGGCCGAGAUGAGCAGAGCCUCUCUCCGCUGUCAGGCUUCAGCCCAGGAGGGGGACCCAGCAGGGAUAGGGUAACAGAAGAAGGCUUUGCUGAGCCCUGCUUAGGGAGCAGGAGAUGGGCCCAGCACCCUGCCCUUCACCCAUUUCACCCUCUCUGCAGAGAGGAUUCCUUGGGCUGGGGCUGCUGUUCCCAUUCUGUCUCCAACCUGGGAGGCUAGAAUGGGCUAGGCAGCCAGUGACAUGCCAAGCACAGAGAGCUGAGGAAAGAGGUCCUGUGGCUACCACAUACAACGGACCUCAGUCUGAACUCUGCUCCUGGCUCCCCAAUGGCAGCUGUGACUCACUUUGUCCAGAGGACAACUGGGGGUGGGGGUGCCUUUGAGUUGCUGGAAAAAGUGUUGAAAGUUCCAAAUGAUAGGGGGUAUGAGCUCCCUGAGGUGAAGAGGCUCUUGGUCCUAAUGGGUUUGACCCAAGCCAGGACUCUUAGAGCCUGUACUCACGGAGCAGUGCUGUGUGUCCUUGCCCAGAAUUCUGCCUUCUGCAUUGUCAAUAAAGCCUCCCCUUCGUGACCUAAA